GACCCGUGCGCUGGCGGUCGGACUCGGCGGAGGCGCCGGGCUCCUGGCGCUCUUCCCUCAGCGGCCAACUGGCUGGGGAGCGUCCUCCUCUGUCCCCAGGAGGUGCAGCUGGGGUGCCCCGCGGCGCUUCUGAAUGGAGAGUCUCGCCUGCGGAGUGGGCUGCCGGGCAGUACGACCUGGAAGCCGCCUCCUCGACCUAUUCCUCGCCGGUCCCCGUAGGACGCGCGCCUCGCUGGGCUCCGUAGCGGCCAAACUGGUUUGCAUCCCAGCGCCGGGCUCGGGGCGCCCAGCUUUGGCCUGAAGCUGGAAUCUUCUCGCAGCGCUUCGUGCCCCGUGCUUCUCCCAUCGGAUCAGUUCAUUUCCCCAGGGACCAGAGACAUGCGUGGUCGCCAGCGCCCCUGUCUCCCCUGAAGUCGGGCAAUGGAGAAGUUUGCAAGCGGGGCAAAGGACGUUGAAAGGGUUGUUUUUCUAUCAAGGGGUAGAGCGAACUCAUCAGCAGUUUGUAAUGCAUGCUGCUCAGUCUUGCUGCCGCCAAGCCCUGGCUUGUCCAAGCCCUAGCUUCGCAGAAUCUGAGGUUUUGCACUCCUCCUCUGGUUUAGCACCCGGUGAUACAUUAUUUGAAGGGUUUAUUGUGUUUACCUGUGGCUUACGGAAGGGGGUUGGAGUCAAAUGGAACGUGUGGGUGGGUCUGAUGUGCCUUUCCUUCCAAAUUAAGAAGCGUCCAACCCACAAGAGAUGAGCACAUUGAGAUUCAUCCGAAGGCCCAGGGACCUUCUGUGCGUGCCCCUGGCUACCCAGUUGUUUCCAUCCUGGCGUAUUCUGGAAUUCAGUAUUGGUUUGUAGGCAUAGACUUUGAAAGAUGAGACUUUUUGAGUGGAAUCAUUUCUUUGUGACCUUGGAAAAGACUUCAUCUUCCUUUGGUCUCAGUUUUCUCUGGAGAAAGAGGAGAUUGGAUCGGGACCCUGAAAUUCUUUUCUAAGAAGAUACCUGCUGUCUGCCAUCUCCCCGAGGGUUAUGCGGUGCCUGUCAUAAGCUCCAGGGAGUUGCCCUUCACCGAGGCCAGCAGCAUGAAGUCCAAUCCUGCCAUCCAAGCUGCCAUUGACCUCACAGCCGGGGCUGCAGGGGGCACAGCCUGCGUGCUGACUGGGCAGCCUUUUGACACGAUGAAGGUGAAGAUGCAGACGUUCCCUGACCUGUACCGGGGCCUCAGUGACUGCUGCCUCAAGACCUACGCCCAGGUGGGCGUCCGCGGCUUCUACAAGGGGACCAGCCCAGCACUCAUUGCCAACAUCGCCGAGAACUCGGUGCUCUUCAUGUGCUACGGCUUCUGCCAGCAGGUGGUACGGAAAGUGGUGGGACUGGACAAGCAGGCAAAGCUCAGCGACCUGCAGAACGCAGCCGCUGGGUCUUUUGCCUCCGCCUUUGCUGCGCUGGUGCUUUGCCCUACGGAGCUGGUGAAGUGCCGCCUCCAGGCCAUGCACGAGAUGGAGACUUCGGGGAAGAUUGUCAACAGCCAGAACACGGUUUGGUCUGUCGUGAAGAGCAUCCUUAGGAAGGAUGGUCCCUUGGGCUUCUACCACGGACUCUCAAGCACUUUACUUCGAGAAGUACCAGGCUAUUUCUUCUUCUUUGGUGGCUAUGAACUGAGCCGAUCAUUCUUUGCAUCAGGGAGAUCAAAGGAUGAACUAGGUCCUGUCCCUUUGAUGUUAAGUGGUGGAGUUGGUGGGAUUUGCCUCUGGCUUGCUGUAUACCCAGUGGACUGCAUCAAAUCCAGAAUUCAAGUUCUGUCCAUGUCUGGCAAACAAGCGGGAUUUACAGGGACUUUACUAAGUGUUGUGAGGAAUGAAGGAAUAGCAGCGUUAUAUUCUGGACUGAAACCUACUAUGAUUCGAGCAUUUCCUGCCAAUGGGGCACUAUUUUUGGCCUAUGAGUACAGCAGGAAGUUGAUGAUGAGCCAGUUCGAAGCAUACUGAAGUGUCUUGGUGGGCCUGGAUCCAAACACAGGAGAUUGAGGAUUGCAGUUCAUCUCAGGGUUUCACGGAGGAUGAGACUGGUGUGGAAUGAGUCUGAUUUCUUGGGAAUUCUGUUUUUGUCUUCCUUUCUUCUGCCCUAAGUCUUAAACUUUAUGGAAGGACCUCGAUUUUUACAUCCUAUAAUUUCUAUCUAGACUUUGUAUUGAAAUCGAAAAGCUGGUGCUCUUGCCCUUGGUAGAAUGUAUGAGUACAGGUGGCUCUAUGCUCCCAACCUCAAAGGCUGAAUGUGGUUCUGUCAGGGCACUUGCAUCAGCCUGGAUGCAUUACCAUGCAGUUUGGGUGGGAUUGAGUGAAUGGAAACAGUGUGGUUUAAUGUUAAACCUCAAUUAUUAACAGAAAAACCCAGAAGUGACUAUUUUUCAUGAACAUGAUUAUAAAUAAUUGCUUAACCUAUUCUAGAUACAGGGUCUCUUUUAAAGUCUGCUUAACCUGCAUACUAUACUAAGUGGUUAAAGUUAUUCAAAAGUUUUCAUAUGGUACGUUAACAACUAAAACAUCCAUGAGGAUUUCUAAGAGCGUAACCUGCAUCCUGGUGUGGUUUCCACAUUCUUGCUAAAGUUUCCAAGUAGUCAUCCUGGAUUUUCCAAGAUGCUCUCCUUCUACCAUAGUGCCAUGCAUUUUCUAGAUGGGAUCAGAGCCCAUACUCUGACUGUAUUGCAGCAGGUGGCCUGGAAGAUAGGGCCUUUGGGAAGCAGUGUGGCCUUCACCAAAUUCCCUUCUCCCAAAGAGCUUCCCCCAGCUGGAGACUGGAGUGGUAAUGGGCUGGGGUAGGAGUGAGCUGCUGUGCUUUGGUGAAGACCCAUGUGGCUGGCAUAGCUACUAGCUACCGCCUCUGGGGCCUGGCUUGGGUAGGUUCCAUGUUGUCCUGUUGGCCUGCCUGGGAUGGUUGAUCCACUCUGAAACACCCACUGUCCUCUCUGUCUCCACUGAUGGGAAGCCCUUCCAGGGAAAAGAGUGCCAAAACCAAGAGAAGUCUUUGUGUACUGGCUGGUGACUGAGGGGCAGAACUGGAGGAUGAUCUCCCUUGUCAGAACUAGAAAGAACCACAGGCUUCUGCCCCAUAGGCAGACCCACCUGCAGCUUAGCUCUGGGUCCGAAACUCCCUGGCACAUGUCCCCAGUGAAGAGCUGCCUACGUUUGGUAAGGGUUCUCAGUAAGUUUUAAUGAUGACUGUAUGUGGGGUGUGACUUUAUAAGGCAAUAGAACAUAGAAGCAUCUUAUUAAACCUGCCAAAUGUAUGGUUAUGUCAACCAAAACCACCACUCAAGCCCGUUAGUCUGAUCCCCACAGGCUUGCUGAGGGGCAGCUGCUCUUUGGCCAUGUGGAGUAGGAGGGUCAUUCUUGUCACCACUGAAGUGUGCUUCAGCAUCCUCUGCUGCUCCAAGACCAGCCAGCAGCCUCUCUCAUAAAAAGUGUUGUUAGGCAGCCUGGGAAGCUGGGAGCCAGAGGCCAACACAGCAGUAACAGACCUUGCCUGUUUCUCCUCCUUCCUGGCAGAAUGGAAACAUUGGGUGAAACCUCUGGUUUCCUUAAACUUUUUGCUCUCCCUGAGGCCUCAUUGGCAGCUCUUGGCCCUGGUGCUAGAAGCAAGAAGGGGCUGGCACAUGGGCCAGGGGUGGGCCUGGAAGCUGCUUUCUGUUUGCUUUUAAAGAGAAAACCAUUUUUGACCUGACUUUUCCCUCCAUACUUUACUGAUUGGUAGCUACCUAGUGAUGCUUCCCAUGAAUGGGCCUGGAUGGAAACAAAACAGCAGAAGGGGCUGCUUUCCUGCAGAAAGUGAAUUGUUGUAGUGUCUUCCAUCCCAGGAGCUCAGCAGAGCAGCCCUUUUGGUUUGGGGUCUUUGCAAAUUGUCUAUUCAAGGCUUACCUAAAUAUGCUCAACAGAAACAGUCUGAGGCAGUGGGAGGAAGGCCUGCAGAUCUCAGUCAGGAGGAUUUUUCUCAUUCUAUUUUUAAAUUCAUGGUUCAAUUUAUACCAUUUUAGAUCUGUACUCCAAAGAAAAUAUUGUGUCUAAAGAAAUGUGUUUUGAAGAAUUUGUUCUAUCAUUAAAUUAUUUACCUACUACUUGA